AUGGAAAGGAGCCACUUGAUCCAGGAAGAUAGGAACAAGGAGGAGAUGUUCAUCCUCAACGAACCAAUCACGUUCAGCCAUCCAGCAGCUUGGGGAAUGGACCAAUGGGAAGGUGCCAUUCGACCCAAGUGGAUGGGGAUGGGAGAAGCAGCUCCAGGCGUGCUCCCAUGCCAUUGGUUGCAUGCAGAAGCAAGGUGUCGCGUUCUGAAGCCAUCAGACGCCACCUUGAGCUUCCGGAAAACCUAUAUAAAGACCCCCUUGGUCUUCACUUCCAAACCACACCAGAAACUGAAAUCUAGAGAGAAAAACUAG